AUGGACAAGCCCCAAUAUAAUGCUUGUGCCACGCUUUUCCGUAAUACGGCUCGCACCUACCAAGUUAUAGAUCACAUCGACUCCACCGUCGACCGUCCUACUAACGUUGAUGAUGACCUGUGGACCCGCCUCGGCUCGAUCGUCCUUCAAUGGAUAUACGACACUAUUCACGAGGACCUCCUCUAUGCAAUACUUGAUGAAAGGGCAACCGCCAUGGUGGCUUGGGGUAAACUUCGUGACCUAUUGCAGGAUAAUAAAGGUACUUGUAUUGUGCAUCUUGAAAAUCAAUUUGGCUCCAUAAAAAUGCACGACUAUUCCUCCUUUGCUGCAUUAUGUCAGGCUCUUAAAUCCAUUGCCGAUCAACUCACUAGUUCGGGUCAUCGUGUUUCGGAUGAAAGACUCGUCUUUCAGCUUGUUUUGGGUCUUACUGAUGAAUUUGUUAUUGUGGCCACAUUUAUUUAA